AAACAAACAAAAAAAACCAAAAAACACAAAACUGCAAAGUCAAUAAGGGCAAGCUCUGCCUUUUGGCAGCCAUUCCUUGCCUUUCAAAGACUUCGACCCAAACAAAAACUAAGAACGGUUACACAACCAUUUCAUAUACACAUCUCUACAUAUUACUUUUUUUUUUUUUUUAUAUUUUUAAGUUUCUUGUUUGGUUUUUGUUUUUUAAAUAUAAUUAAUAAAUUUUUAUGUCUUAGUGGUGGUUGUAUAUAUAAUUAUCUCUGUAGUUGUUCUCUCUCAAAGAGAAAGAGUCAAAAAUCGAUAAUUCAAGUCUUCUGCAGCUCUGUUUCUGGAAAAAUUAGUAGAUUGGUGGAUCGAAGUGGUCGAUGUUGAAUAAUAUAGGGGGUGCUUGAGGUGGGUUGAAUUUUAUGGAUAAUCUAUGUUGCUUCAAUUCUGUCUAUUCUCAGGUCGUUGGUGGACGGUCUUCAUGUAGCUCUGGGAAGGGCAGGAGCCAUCAGGCCUCAGUCAAGUAUGGCUUCAGCCUGGUUAAAGGAAAAGCAAAUCAUCCCAUGGAAGACUAUCAUGUUGCCAAAUUUAUUCAAAUGCAAGGACAUGAACUUGGACUGUUUGCUAUAUAUGAUGGGCAUUUGGGAGAUAGUGUACCUGCUUAUCUACAGAAGAACUUAUUUUCUAAUAUCUUAAAGGAUGAAGAGUUCUGGACCGAUCCCAACAGGUCCAUUUCUAAGGCCUAUGAGAGAACAGACCAGGCUAUUCUUUCUCACAGCCCUGACUUGGGACGAGGAGGAUCCACAGCAGUUACUGCCAUUUUGAUAGACAACCGAAAGUUGUGGAUUGCCAAUGUUGGAGACUCACGAGCAGUUCUCUCAAAGAAGGGACAGGCAGUCCAGAUGACCAUUGAUCAUGAACCCAACACUGAACGUGGUAGCAUUGAGAACCGAGGAGGUUUCGUCUCAAACAUGCCAGGAGAUGUUGCAAGAGUCAAUGGACAGCUGGCAGUUUCUCGAGCAUUCGGAGACAAGAAUCUCAAGUCACACUUGCGUUCAGAUCCCGACAUAAAAUCUGCAGAUAUCAACUCAGACACUGACUUUCUUAUCCUUGCAAGUGAUGGUUUAUGGAAGGUUAUGUCUAACCAAGAGGCAGUUGAUGUCGCCAGAAAGACCAAAGAUCCACAAAGGGCAGCGAAACAAUUAGCAGCGGAGGCACUAAACAAAGACAGCAAAGAUGACAUAUCGAUCAUUGUUGUUCGUUUCAAGGGGUGAAAGUCAACGAAAAUAUACUAUUUACUAAAGUUUCUGAAAUUUGUUUUCUGGGGGCGGUUUUUGCGUCGAUCGCAAUGUUACGUGCCAACCUCGGACUGGAAACUCUCUAAAGAAAAUCAAGCAUAAGUUUGGAAUUUGCUUCCAAAGAAGUAGGCUAUAUAUAUUUGUUUGCAAUCUUUUUAUUUUUCUUGGCCUUGUAAAAUUGUACUUGUUGCUUAUAGUUUGUGCGGUUUUAUAUUUACUUUAAUUUAUUUGUCGUGUAGAUACACAUACCAUCAUUUGUCUUCUUCUGUAAUUUGCUAUAUGACUUCGAAGUACUGUGGAGUCAGUCAACCGUGCAACUUAUAUAAUUUAUGCUUGUAGUGGAGACAUGUUUUUAUAUGAUAUACCAAAACAUUUCCCUUUA